AUGGCUCUCUCCGUGCCAGCAAGCAGCCUUCUGGUGCCGCUACUCAUCAUCACCAUCACCAUUGUUCAAUUUUCGGUUCCGGCCGCCACAAGUAACGUCUCAUUCGGUCGAACCACCGCACAUAUAGAAGUCGGCGGAUUUGAGGACGUGUGCCACGGCGCCCGGCCGAGUACGCCGGCGCAGAUGGUGAAUGUCCUCACCAUCGAUGGGGGUGGUAUAAGGGGCCUUAUACCGGGUACCAUCCUCGCCUACCUCGAAGGCAAACUCCAGGAUCUUGACGGGCCUAACUCAAGGCUCGCAGAUUACUUUGAUUGCAUUGCCGGCACGAGCACCGGUGGCCUCAUCGCAGCGAUGCUGACCGCACCCGGCGAAGACAACCGCCCACUCUUCGCCGCCAAGGACAUCAACCCGUUCUACAUCGAGAACGGCCCGGCUAUCUUCCCCCAAAGGACGAGCACGUUCAUCUCUUUUAUGGCAUCGCUGAUGCGCCCGAAGUAUGAUGGCAAGUAUCUGCGCAGCAAGAUUAAGAGCAUGCUUGGCAACACGAGGGUGCGCAAUACGCUCACCAACAUUGUGAUACCAACGUUCGACAUCCAGCUGCUCCAUCCCAUCAUCUUCUCCACAUACGAUGCCAAGAACAUGCCUCUGAAGGACGCACUGCUCUCAGAUGUCUGUAUCAGCACCUCCGCUGCUCCAACCUACCUCCCACCUCACUACUUCCAGACCAGUGACGCCGAUGGCAAGACGCGCGAGUACAAUCUCAUUGACGGCGGUGUCGCCGCUAACAAUCCGACAUUAAUUGCCAUGACGCAGAUCAUCAAGAACAUCAUGAGAAAAGGCAAGGAGACAAUGUACCAAGCGAAGCAGACGGACUGCAAAUUCCGGGUGGUGUCCAUCGGGACCGGGUCAUCGUCAGAUCAUGGUCUCUACACGGCAAAGCAGUCCUCCCGGUGGGGCACCAUCAGGUGGCUGAUGCCCAUCGUUGACAUUUUCAUGGAGGCCAGCUCCGGUGUCGUCGACAUCCAGGCUUCCAUGCUCUUCCAGUGGUUGCACCGCAAAGCCAACUACCUCCGCAUCCAGGACAACUCGCUCCGGGGCGCGGCGGCCACUGUGGACGUGGCUACGCCGGAGAACAUGCAGGAGCUUAUAAGGAUUGGUGAGCGGAUGCUUGAUGAGCCCGUAUCAAGGGUUGACGUCGAGACAGGAAAGUAUGUGGUUGUUCCUGGGGCGGGGAGCAACGCAAAAGCGCUCGCCAGGCUCGCGAGGCAGCUUUGGGAGGAAAGCAGGACGAGGAAGCGGCAUAGCGCAAGCGGUGGAGAGUAG